UUGGUAUCUUUGAGUGGUAUUCAAUGGUAUCGUUUCCUUUUCCGGUCUAGUUAAGCAUUCGGAGGUUAUAAAAGUUAUUAAAAGAUGCAGAAACAAAAGAAAGAACCACUUCCCUCAGUUCAAGUUUUUGGAAGAAAGAAAUCAGCUACAGCUGUGGCUUACUGUAGACGAGGGAAAGGAAAUCUAAGAGUCAAUGGACGUCCUUUGGAAAGAGUUGAACCAUUAAUGCUUCAAGAUAAACUCCAAGAACCAAUUUUGCUUUUAGGGAAGGAAAAAUUCUCCAAUGUUGACAUUCGAGUAAGAGUUAAUGGUGGUGGUCAUGUAUCCCAAAUAUAUGCAAUCAGACAGGCUAUCUCAAAGGCUCUUGUUGCAUAUUAUCAAAAAUAUGUUGAUGAAGCUUCAAAAAAAGAAUUAAAGGAUAUCCUAAUUCAAUAUGAUAGGACUUUAUUGGUAGCAGAUCCACGUCGUUGUGAACCAAAGAAAUUUGGAGGUCCAGGCGCCAGGGCCCGCUACCAAAAGUCUUACCGUUAAGUUUUGUACUGUACAUGUAUGUAUUUCAUUACAUAACAAUUUACUGAUAUA